GCUGAGGGCCCUGAGUUUCUUCUCUCUGUUUUCCUUGCAGGUGUGUUACUAGACAUCCAGCAGCACUUUGGAGUCAAGGACAGUGGGGCUGGCUUGUUACAGACAGUUUUCAUCUGUAGUUUCAUGGUGGCGGCGCCUAUCUUUGGUUACCUUGGUGACCGUUUCAACAGAAAGAUCAUUCUCAGCUGUGGGAUCUUCUUCUGGUCAGCUGUCACUUUUUCAAGCUCCUUCAUCACUGAACAGUAUUUCUGGCUUCUUGUGCUCUCAAGAGGCUUGGUCGGCAUCGGUGAAGCAAGUUACUCCACUAUUGCACCAACCAUCAUAGGAGACCUUUUCACCAAAAACACAAGGACCCUUAUGCUGUCUGUUUUCUACUUUGCAAUUCCUCUUGGCAGUGGCUUGGGAUACAUCACUGGGUCAAGUGUGAAGCAGGUUGCUGGGGACUGGCACUGGGCGUUGCGGGUAUCUCCACUCCUGGGAAUGAUAACAGGGACACUCAUCUUGAUAUUUGUACCUGCUGCUAAAAGAGGGAACUUUGAACAGCUUGGGGCACAGCUGAAGGCUCAGACCUCCUGGCUAAGAGACAUGAAAGCACUGAUUAGAAACCGCAGCUACGUGUUCUCAUCGCUGGCCACCUCAGCUGUCUCCUUUGCCACAGGGGCUCUGGGCAUGUGGAUCCCUCUCUACCUUCACAGAGCACAGGUCGUGCAGAAGACAGCAGAGACCUGCAGCUCACAGCCCUGCGGCACCAAAGACAGCUUGAUCUUCGGGGCAAUCACAUGCUUCACUGGCUUCCUGGGUGUGAUCACAGGGGCAGGGGCAACCAAAUGGUGCCGGUUAAGAACCCAGCGAGCUGAUCCUCUUGUCUGUGCUGUUGGCAUGCUAGGAUCAGCCAUCUUCAUCUGUCUCAUCUUCGUUGCUGCCAAGAGCAGCAUUGUGGGAGCCUAUAUUUGCAUUUUUAUCGGAGAAACUCUUCUGUUUUCAAACUGGGCUAUCACAGCAGACAUACUAAUGUACGUGGUCAUUCCCACACGCCGUGCGACCGCAGUGGCCUUGCAGAGCUUCACUUCACACCUCCUGGGAGAUGCUGGCAGUCCUUAUCUGAUUGGAUUUAUCUCAGACCUGAUACGACAAAGCACAAAGGAGUCCCCAGUCUGGGAGUUCCUCAGCUUGGGGUAUGCACUCAUGCUCUGCCCCUUUGUCGUUGUCCUAGGAGGGAUGUUUUUCCUGGCCACAGCCCUCUUCUUCCUCAGUGACCGAGCCAAAGCUGAACAGUGA